GGAGCCGGGCGGGAGGAAAGGCCGCUCCGUGGGUAGGGGGCUGCAGCGCGCCGAGCGGCUGGGCCCAGCGACGGCGCGGAUGGCGGACUCGCAGCUGUUCUGCGUGGCCGAGGAGCGCAGCGGCCACUGCGCAGUGGUGGACGGAAACUUCCUCUACGUGUGGGGGGGCUACGUGUCUAUUGAAGACAAUGAAGUAUAUUUGCCUAAUGAUGAGAUUUGGACCUAUGAGAUUGAUAGUGGGUUGUGGACGAUGCACCUCAUGGAAGGAGAACUCCCUACCUCCAUGUCAGGAAGUUGCGGUGCUUGCAUUAAUGGAAAGCUAUACGUUUUUGGAGGAUAUGAUGACAAAGGAUACAGCAAUCGACUUUAUUUUGUUAAUUUGCGAACAAGAGAUGGAACCUAUGUUUGGGAAAAACUCACCAACUUUGAAGGUCAACCACCCACACCACGUGAUAAACUUUCCUGCUGGGUAUAUAAAGACAGAUUAAUAUAUUUUGGUGGCUAUGGGUGUAGGAGACACAAUGAACUCCAGGAUUGUUUUGAUGUUCAUGAUGCAUCUUGGGUACGUCCACCAGAACUAUUCAUAGCUCAGUCUGGCUUCUGUAUGAGAGAAGAGCAGAUAUUCUGGGGUUGGCAUAACGAUGUUCACAUAUUUGACACAAAGACACAGAGUUGGCUUCAACCAGAAAUUAAAGGUGGUGUUCCACCGCAGCCACGAGCCGCGCAUACGUGUGCAGUUCUCGGAAAUAAGGGCUAUAUCUUUGGCGGACGUGUUUUGCAAACUAGGAUGAAUGAUUUGCACUAUCUAAACUUAGAUACCUGGACCUGGUCUGGAAGGAUUCCAAUUAAUGGAGAAAACCCCAAACAUCGGUCAUGGCAUACUUUAACACCAAUAGCGGAUGAUACACUUUUCCUAUUUGGUGGACUAAGUGCAGACAAUAUUCCGUUAAGUGAUGGUUGGAUUCAUAAUGUCUUAACAAAUUGUUGGAAACAGCUUACACAUUUACCUAAAACAAAACCCAGGUUAUGGCACACAGCCUGUUUGGGAAAAGAAAAUGAAAUAAUGGUAUUUGGUGGGAGCAAAGAUGAUUUACUUUCCUUGGAUACAGGUCAUUGUAAUGAUUUAUUGAUCUUUCAAACACAGCCUUAUUCACUACUCAGGUCAUGCCUUGACUGCAUUGGUAAAAAUGCUAUAAUUUUAGAAAGUCAGAUAUCUUUAUUACCUCCUAAACUUCUCCAACAAGUACUCAAAAAAAUAACAUUUUGGACUGCAGUUAAUCACCGAGAAGAACAAAGAGCCCAAAAAGAAGAAACAGAAAAUAAGUAUCAGUGGAUCAGUAGCAAUUAAGUUGUGAUAUACUCUACAUAUUUAAUAUGUUUAAACAUUUUAAUCAGACUGUAUAUUUACCCCCCAGAUUGGAGGCUUUAUUUAGAAGAUAAAAUCUGAAACAAAAAUUAUAUGUUAAACUGAUUGUAUGGCAUGAGAUAUAUAGGAAGAAGAUGUUAAUGGCAGAUUAAUUUGUAUUUUAUUUGUAAAUUAACAUAAAUUAAUUUCCUUAUAAGCUGCAGAAAAAAAAUCUACUUUCUGAAAGUAAGUAUAAUUGUAAGAGACUUUAACUCACUGUGUCUUCUUUACUGGAAAGAUUAUACAAAUUUGAGGAGAAUAAGAAAUUACCCCAAGGACUUUAGAGAUUCCCCAACCUAAAGAUAGAUAGAUAUAUAAAAACACCUCAUAUCAACUUUCAGAAAGAAUAGAUUUUUCUCAAGUCACUUUAAAAUUACAUAAAGCUUCCCAUUAAAUGACUCAGUUAUUUAAAGAACUUCUCCUUAAAUAAGUAAUACAGCUGGACAAAAUGAUAAAAUAGGCAAGCACUGCUAUGGGAUUAAAUAUUGAACUCCUACCCUUUUAGCACUUAUCUAGUAAAGUAUCCUUCCUCACCUUUGAGUAGGGGAAUAAAUGUCUUCAAUUGUUUUUCUGUUACCUCUAAGUUGUUAGUUUGUCCCAUUUUAUAUGUAUAUAAAGACCAUGUUUGAAAGUGUCUAAAGUGGAGAUUUAUUUGUCAUACAGGCUUUGAAAUAUUGAGAGGCAGUAUAGUUAUUAACUUUAGAGACACCUGAAGAUACAUUUUGCCUUGGGGGAAUACUUCUAAAGUAACUUUCAGUGAAUUAUGAAAUGGGAUGAUAACCUAGUAAUUUGCCUUUCUAGAAACCCCUCCUUUUGGCCCACACCAUUCUACAGAGUUGGUGCUCAAGACCCAGGAUAUUCAAAAUAUGUUAUCUUCCCAUUUCUUUUCAGUAUUAACUGCCUAUAAAGAAAUGGAACAUGAAUAUUUAUCUUUAUGUUCUUUAAAUAGUACUUUUGCCAUGGUUAAGAAGUUGUUCACAUAUCACAGUUGUACCCAUCCAUUGAAUUACUAAUAACAAGGAAUUACUAAGAAUUUGGUAUAUAAAAUUACUGUCUACCAUACCACCAUACACGUUGACUCUGAAAUUUAAAAUGUUGGAGUAAAUAUAUUUCUGUAUUGAAGUGCAUGUAUAAUUUAUAAUGAAAAUUACAGUAGUUUAUAGAUCUCACUACAUUGUAGAGAUAUAUUUUAUAUAUAUGUACUGUAUUUUAGACGUGCAAAGCUUCUAUUUAUGUAUUGAAAUACUUUGUGUUUACAUUUUAUUUAUUAUACAAACUAUAUAGAAUUACUAUUUUCCUAGUUUUGUUAGUGUGAACCAGUCAUUAGAAUUGAUUGUGCAAACAAUAUUUCAGUGUAAGUUUUCAUUUUUUCUUACUAUUUUCAGGCUGAAUAACAGAUUUAGAAAGUGAAUCUCAUAGGUAAUAUGGGUCUUAGAAGUAAUUAUUUUAUUACUAUGAACUUCAGUAUUCGGCAUUCUAUAAGGAACAAAUAUCAAAACAUAUUAGACAGUGAUAGAUGACACUGAGUGGGAUGAACACUUUUUAACAUGGCUUCUGGGUUGUGUGAAUGGCUUCUCUAGCCUCUUAGAGAAGCACUGCUGUUUUUAAAUGGUUUACCUAAACACUAAAAGUUAGAUUAACCCCCUCAAAACACACACUCUUUGUUUAGGCUUCAAGAGAAUGAAAAUCUAUAUAUUAUUUAUGGCACACAAAACUGGUACUCUUCUUAUUUGACUUAAUAUAUUGUACUGCUUCAAAAAGUUAUAUGUCCUGAGGUAGCCCCAUAGUAGGAGUGGCAGGGAAUUCUAAUCUGAUCUUCAAUUUCCAAAACUUGGCUUAUAGCAGGGCUUCCCUGCUAUUAGGAGAUGUAGAAAUUCUGCGAGCUGGCAAAGCCAGUUUUGAAGAUCCCUAGUCAAGCAGUAUUCACUCCUCACUUCUUAGCACUUAUGGUUUACUAUCAACUUCUGUGUUGUUGACCUGUGCAGUGUAUAGGAACCCAAGGCAACAUCAGCCUCAUAACUUUCUCUCUUAACUCUCCCUUACAGGUUCUUUGUUUGAAAGAUGACUCUAGAGGGUUGACUUUUUUUUUUUUUUCAGGUGGUUCACAAAAUAGGUUUCCAGUCUGAUUCUCAAGGAAAAAGAAUUUCUGGCCAUCUUUAUUAUGUGUAUCAGGAUAUUCUUCCAGUUGUCAGGAAGGAUUCUUUUGAGGUAUUACCAUUUUUAGAAUGAUAUAGUAAAUGGCAUAUCAAAGUUAGUGUACAUUUUUUACAGAUCGUAUCUUUGCAUAAGCACCUUUUAAAAAAUUAUUAGCCUUUUGAUAGAAGCUUAAAAAUAUUCUUUAGAACUUCAUACUGUCAGCCCAGGAACAAAGCGAUGUUUUCACCAAUACAUUAUUUAUAUGUAUGUAUGUGUGAGAGAGAAAUAAAAUAAACUCACUAAGAUAGAAUAAUUUUCAGGGUAGUACAUAGUGUCUGAAAAAUUAAAAUUUUGAUUUCAGAACACUUCACAGGAAAAGAAACAGUUUUAAGAAACAAAUAGUACCCCAUUCCCACUUUUUUUUGGUGCCUGUUUUUUCAUUGUAUUAAUGUGAUUCUAUAUGAAUUUCCAGUUUGAUGAAGUUUUCAAACGGUCCAGCAUGUGGGUGCAGCAAGAACAUUUUUAAAAUCACCCAAGUAAUGGACUGAAUGUUUGUAUCCCCACAAAAUUCAUAUGUUGAAACCCUAAUCCUCAAUGUGAUGGUUUUUGGAGGUGGUGUCUUUGGAAGGUAAUUAGGUUUAGAUGAUGUCAUGAGGGUGGGGACCCCAUGACGGGAUUAGUGUACUUAUAAGAAGAAGAAGAGACCAGAGCUCUCCUACUCUGUCUCUAUCACAUGAAGAUGCAAUGAGAAGGCACCCGUCUGCAAGGCAGGAAGAGGGCUCUCAUUAAGAACCAAGUCUGUCAGCACCUUGAUCUUGGACUUCCCAGCCUCUAGAACU